AUGAGUGGCGGCAAGGCCGCUCGUGGCAAGCAGGCUCGUGGCAAGCAGGCUGGUGGCAGCAUGGCACCGCGCAGCCCGUGGGCGAAGCAGCUGCUGCGAGAGCACCAGGCCGGGGCGGAGGUUGCUGAAGAGCAGCAGGCGGAGCUAGUGAGAAAGCUCAGGCUGGAGCUUGUUAAACGGCACCACGUGGACCUCGGAAGAGAGACUCAGUGGGCACGUGGGGAUGUGGUGCGGGAGGGCCUCUUCAAGCGUGUGAAGGAGCACAACAAGUCACUGGCGGGGAAGCGGAAGCGAGAUGGUGGUGCUGCUGCUGAUGGUGGUGAUGGCCGUAGCAGCACGGACGGAGACACAGGGCGCCUCAGCGGCAGUGGCAGCGGCAAGUCAAGGCGCACAGCGCCUGCCAGUCCUGCGGAGACCGCUGCCGCUACACGCAACCGCUCCAGCCGCCUGAGUCAGUCAACUAUGAUGACGGCACGUGCGGAGCAGAGGUGCGGAGCACCGCAGCAGGGGGGGGCAUCAGUUGGAGAAGAGUCAGAUCCUGAAAACUCAGUGUUUCCAGGCAACAGUCGGGGUGUUGCUGCGUUCUUCGUCCCUGACCUGAACCUGCCUGCUGCUGCUGGAGCUGGCGAUGCUGGUGGUAAUGGUGGUGGCAGCGGCGGCGCAGGUGGUGAUGAUGGUGGUGGUAGUGGUGACGCUGGUGGUGGUGAUGGUGGUGACGCUGGUGGUGGUGAUAGUGGUGACACUGGUGGUGGUGAUGCUGGUGAUGCUAGUGGUGAUGCUGGUGGUGACGCUGGUGGUGAUGGUGGUGGUGAUGGUGGUGGUAACGCUGGUGGUGGUGACGCUGGUGGUGAUGCUGGUGGUGAUGCUGGUGGGCCAGCAGCAUUGACAGGCUGUCGUGAAAGGCUUGAAGCGCAUAUUACGAGACGUCGCUCCUUUCCGUCUCAAAAG